GAGCUGCUUCUAGGGUGCGAGAGAAGAAGCCCACAGGCCUUGGGUUCACAUUUAAAAAUUGGUGCGCUUACUGUGUUUUUAAAAUAAACAAAAGCUCGUCGAUAUUGCAGCAGCCGAAACUCCUCUUAAGUGAAAAUGGUGUUUUACACUUGUGGCCCUAAUGAAGCUAUGGUUGUGUCAGGAUUCUGUCGCUCUCCUCCUCUUAUGGUUGCUGGUGGUCGAGUUUUUGUGCUUCCCUGCAUUCAGCAGAUACAAAGAAUAUCUCUGAACACUUUGACUCUUAAUGUAAAAAGUGAUAAGGUAUACACAAGGCAUGGAGUACCAAUUUCAGUCACUGGAAUUGCACAAGUCAAGAUCCAGGGACAGAACAAGGAAAUGCUGGCCGCAGCUUGUCAAAUGUUCAUGGGAAAGUCGGAAAGAGAAAUUUCUCAAAUUGCUCUGGAAACAUUAGAGGGACACCAGAGAGCUAUAAUGGCACACAUGACUGUGGAGGAGAUUUACAAAGACAGGAAGAAAUUUUCUGAGCAAGUGUUCAAAGUGGCAUCCUCUGACCUAGUUAACAUGGGUAUUAGUGUGGUCAGCUACACAUUAAAAGAUGUCCAUGAUGACCAGGAUUACCUACAUUCACUUGGAAAAGCUAGAACUGCCCAGGUACAGAGAGAUGCCCGAAUAGGAGAGGCCAAAGCCAAGAGAGAUGCAGUAAUCAAGGAAGCCCAUGCAACUCAGGAGAAAGUCUCUGCACAGUAUAUGAAUGAGAUUGAGAUGGCAAAAGCACAGCGAGACUUUGAAUUGAAAAAGGCUGUGUAUGACAUAGAAGUGAAUACAAAAAAGGCGGAAUCUGACCUGGCUUAUCAGCUGCAGGUAGCAAAGACAAAGCAGCGUAUUGAAGAAGAAAAAAUGCAAGUCCAGGUUGUGGAACGGUCUCAGCAGAUUUUGCUUCAGGAGCAGGAAAUUACCCGUAAGGAAAAGGAGUUAGAAGCAAAGGUGAAAAAACCAGCUGAAGCUGAACGUUACCGUCUGGAGAAAUUGGCAGAAGCAGAAAGGCUGCAACUGAUCAUGCAGGCUGAAGCUGAGGCUGAAGCUGUCCGGAUUAAGGGAGAAGCUGAAGCUUUUGCUGUUAAAGCCAAGGCCAAGGCUGAUGCUGAACAGAUGGCCAAAAAGGCAGAAGCAUUCAAGCAGUAUAAAGAAGCUGCAAUGGUGGACAUGUUACUGGAAAAACUUCCUGAGAUGGCAGCAGAGAUCAGCAAACCCAUGUCCCAGGCCAAGAAAGUGACAAUGGUUUCUAGUGGAACAGGAGAAGUAGGACCAGCUAAGCUGACUGGUGAAGUGCUUGAUAUUAUGAACCGUCUUCCUGACACUGUUGAGCGUCUGACUGGAGUUAGCAUCACACAGAUUGGAGGGAAACCAAGCCGCAUGGGCUGACCUUAUUGUCAAAUCUUAUGGGAACAUUGUACCACCUCUUUCCUAUUCUUCCUUUCUUAUUAAUUAUUGCAUGCUUCUCUUUACUGAAUGUGAACUUGUGGUAUUACUGAAUACUAUUCAUUUUUUUUUCUUAAAUUGUUUUUAAAUAUUAAAAGAUAACAAGAUGGAAGCCAAGGAGCAAACAUACUUCAGAUUGCAGCAUAAACUUGAAAAAACUUCAGUGUAAUAUUUUGUUUUUGAGUACUGAGAAAAGCGCUAUAUAAAU